UUUCUAGGUGUCGCGUUACCAAAUGUUUCCCGAACUUUUUGGGUUUAAUCGUUGCUUGCCUUGGAGUGGAAAGCUGUCUAGUGGAACCGCCCCUCCUAGUGUAUAUGAACACAAACAUGUACAAAUUGUUAAGAGUCAGCGAAGAGCUCCCUCAAACCCUUGUGGAUCUGGCACGAGCUGAAAAAUGGCAUCCGGUGUGGAGCGACUAUUUGACGAACUUGGACACUUCAACAGAUUUCAGGCAUGUGUCUACUUUGCUGCUAUUUUCCAGGCCAUCUCCUGUGGAAUACAUUACUUAGCCUCUGUUUUUUUAGUUGAAACACCAAAAUUUCUUUGUGACGCCCCUCCAAAUAUCAUAGAUGUCCUGUAUGGAAAUCACUCGUCAACUUCGUUGGCAGAUAUCUGGACUCACUUCAAGCCAGAUGCUGGACCAGUGGUUGUGCAUACUGCAAGAGGAGACCAAUGGGAACUCAGUCCUUGUUUCAAAGCGCUGCGGCUUGAUGCCAUUAAUUUUCAAUAUGAGUUUUUUGGCAACAAGACUGUUGUGUCUUGUAAUGACUUUGUCUAUGAUCAUAGUGAGGUCCAACAAAGUAUCGUAACAGACUGGGACCUGGUGUGUGAGAAGGAAUGGCUGGCCAAGAUCACACAACCAACUUUUAUGUUGGGAGUUCUGAUUGGAGCAUUGGUAUUUGGGGACAUCGCCGAUAGAAUUGGCAGAAGGCCUAUUUUGAUGGCUACCAGCUUAUGCCAGUUUACAUUUGGCAUCAUUGUUGCAUUUACAGGAAACUACUACCUUUUUGUGGUGAUGCGUUUCCUGCUUGCCACAGUGUCAAGUGGGUAUCUGGUCGUAGUCUUUGUGUAUGUGACAGAGUUUACAGGAAUUAAAGUUCGGACAUGGACCUCUAUGCAUGUGCAUGCAGCCUUUGCUGUGGGCAUCAUGGUAGUGGCUCUAGUGGGGUACCUUGUUCGCGUCUGGUGGAUCUACCAGAUCAUCCUCACACUAAGUACCACUCCAUUCCUGCUCUACUGCUGGAAGUUUCCAGAAACUCCCUUCUACCUCAUGGCUAAAGGUCGGUACAAGGAGGCCCAGGAGCUGCUGGACACUAUCGCCCACUUCAAUGGUCUGCCACCCACACUUAAGGUUUCAGAGCUAAAGGAAGAAAAUGAUGAAGCACUGUUGAUGGGAGAAGGGAAAGCAAUGGAAGCCCAGAAGAAGCUAAGCAUACUGGACAUGUUUGGAAGCUUGAAAAUGGCUGGUCGUAGCGCCACCUGCUGGGCUAUUUGGUUCAUCGGAAGCUUGGGAUACUAUGUCUUCAGCCUUGGAUCUGUCAACUUGGGAGGAAACCAGUAUCUCAACCUCUUCCUUGCUGGUGCUGUUGAGGUUCCGUCAUACUUGAUUGGCUGCUUUGCUAUGGAUCGGGUGGGAAGGAAGAAGACAUGUGCCCCAGCUCUGCUGCUCAGUGGAGUAGCCUGCAUGCUCAUUAUUAUGGUGCCCCAGGAUAUUGAGGUCUUGGCUAUAGUCCUGAGUAUGACAGGGAAAUUUGCCAUUGCCAUUGCGUUUGGUCUUGUUUACUUGUACACCUGUGAGCUUUAUCCCACUAUGAUCAGGUCUCUGGCAGUAGGCAGUGGUAGUAUGAUGUGCCGGGUGGGAAGUGUGGUGGCCCCUUUCUGUGUUUACCUCGCUGACAUAUGGAUCUACCUGCCUCAGCUCAUUGUGGGAAUUCUGGCUUUCAUAAUCGGGAUCCUGACCAUGUUUCUUCCAGAGACUCUUGGACAGCCCCUCUCCUCCACAUUGGAAGAGGCUGAGGCUCUAGGCUCCAAGCCCAGCAAGACGAAUGCUUCAGUGGAUGUGGUAGAGAUGAAUCAAACCAUUAAAGCUUGAAUCAGUGAUGUACUUUAUGAAGAAACUAGAGAUCAAAUCCUCUCUGCUAAUUGCCGAGUCAAAUCCACCAAAUUUCAGAAACUUCCCUUGCUGAAUUUUACAAUGUUGUUAAUAGUUUUUCUGGAAAAAGAUAAAGAAGAGUUGACACUGCAGCAAAGUUUUGUUUGUUUUAUGCAAAAACUAUAAUUCUGAUCACCCUCCUGAGUAAAGGAUUAUUCAGUAAAUAUUGGUCCAUGGCAUUUAAUAUUCUGGUUGUCCAAAAACAUUCUGGUUUUCCCAAAAUUUUUAAACCAGGACCAAACAAGCUGCAUCCACCAAACACUGCACAAACCUUUUAAACCGAUCUGACUUACAGUUUUCCUGUAAUGGGCAACCAAAAAUCCCCCAAAUCCCAUGGACUUCUAUUGAUUUAAUGUUGAAACGUGCCAAGAUUCUGUCAUGGACUGUCAAUAAUUUCAAACUGCAGCUGUCAAAACUCUCAGACAUGUGGUCAAGGCCUAGCUAAACGUUAGGCCUAGUUUUACUCCGCUUCAGUGGACAAGAGAAACAUGAUUUAAUUAUCAGUUGACUUUUUAAUGAGUUUCUUUGCAUGAUUUAUUGAAAUACCUUGUUUGUAUGAAGCUGUUUUUAUAUACAUUUGCAUCUCAGGGUUUAUAUCAAGAUUUAUCAGUAUUGUUCAUAGUAAACUGUGACUUUACUUUAUAAGGCUGUAUGUUUAUUCUGGGUGCUUUUGUAUUGCCUUGUUAUUUAACAUUUUCAUUAUUUGUAUCUUCCCUCCCGCUCCUCUCUCUCUCUCUCUCUUUGAAGGAUUUUACGGUCUAAAGAAGUUUAACGUAGUAGUAUCUGCUAAGACUAUGUUUGUCAAGUCUUGAAUUGCAGGAUUUUAUUAUAUGUAACAUAGUUGUAUUUUAUGUAAUACAUAAUUUCAUAGAAUGACGGACUUUAUAUUAGAGGCAGAGACAGAGGCAAUUCUAUGGUUUUACCCUGAGCAUCUGGUUGUCAGUAUAUCAGUAACAGAUAGGUUUAGUGAUUUCACUGGAACAGAGGGUGGGCAGAUAAACGAUAGAGAAGUAGAGUGUGCAUCUGACAGCUGUGUGUGGGGACAGCUCCCCCAUGCUGCUCUAGAGAACAUUGUCACACUCGUAUAGGCUACUGACUAAAAGGAAGAAUAAUACUUAAAAUAACUAACUUUAAAGUUUUUAAUGGCCAGUAAGGGGAGACUUAAGAGCAAAAUAACCUAAGACAGUUAUUAUAAUAAUACAGUUAAUUACAGAUUUUUAGAGGGGCUGAAACCACCCUAAAGCUCCCAAAGUUGUUGAAUCUCCUUUGUAAAGAUGGUUCUGUUAUUAAACAGUUAAACUGGUCUAUAGGGAAAUCUUGCUAUACAUUUACAUUUAUGCAUUUGGCAGACGCUUUUAUCCAAAGCGACUUACAGUGCACUUAUUACAGGGACAAUCCCCCCGGAGCAACCUGGAGUUAAGUGCCUUGCUCAAGGACACAAUGGUGGUGGCCAUGGGGUUAGAACCUGUGACCUUCUGAUUAACAGCCCUGUGCUUUAGCCACUACGCCACCACCACUCCUAUUUUACAAUUUUGUUAAUAGUUUUUCUGGAAAAAGUUGUGCUAUAGUUGUGCAUUUGCCAUAGCAAUCGAUUUUAAAGAAUCUCAUAAUGAAAUACUAUUAUAUUGUGUUUCACAUUUAUUCUUUUAUACAUCAAAUACAAAGAUUUUUGAAUUUCUGCAUCAAAUGUUUCAUUUAGAAAAUUUCUUUGUAUUGUGUAUUAUUACGUGGAAAUAAAAAUAUUGAAAUUCAGUAGAAUUUAAUGACACACUUAUCACAGACUGACGUGGCUAAUUUAGGAAGUACUAAAUGCCCUUUUUGUGCCUUUCACCUUCAAUUCUCUGCUGACAAGAAUCAUUUAAAUAGAACCUACUCAUAGAAAAGGAGAAGCUGUGUACUUCCAGCUCUAAAUAAAAGUUCAAAAAUAAAAUCCCAACAGUUAUUUACUCUUAUUUGUUAUUCAUUCCUUUAUCAUUUCAUUCAUUUCACUUUAUUAGCCAUUUGUAGUAUAAAACCACAUUGGAAAAAGAAAAUUUAUGGCCUUAUUCCUUGUUGAAUUGGUGUAUGCUGAAGUUAGAGUGUGUAGCCUACUUGUGUAUGUGAGGUUUGGGUUAUGACUGCUGGCCUAUAAACACAAAUAGUAUUGAUCUCUUGUGGAGUAACGCAGCUAGAUGCUGUACUUUGACCCUACUCUGAUACCAAGCAAUGCACAAAUACUGAUGCAAACACAGACACCUAUUUCAGAACAACCUUAGAGGAAACAGUCCUAGGGCAGGACAGAGUUCAAACUGAUCCAAACAAUACCUUAAAAUGCACUGGAACUACACAUGGAGCAGAGCGUAAGACACAAGGACAGGUCAAGGGUAUGAUUGGUGGCAUAGUGGGCUAAAGCACAUAACUGUAAUCAGAAGGUUGCUAGUUCGAUCCCCACAGCCACCACUAUUGUGUUCUUGAGCAAGGCACUUAAUUCCAGGUUGCUCCAGGGGAAUUGUCCCUGUAAAAAGUGGCUGCCAAAUGCAUAAAUUAGUAUGUAGAGAAAGAGUGAAAGUCCAAGAAGGAAUUUAGCCUUGAAACAUAUUUUCCGAAAAAUGAAUAAAAUGAUUGAAUAUAACAUGUCCAUUGGUCUCAUGUAGGCUAUGCCACCUCAAGCUUGUGUACAUGAAAAGCUAUUGUGUACAUGAAGUAAAGGCUCCCACUACUGUUGAACUUAGUGAAAUACAUCCUUGAAAACGGUUCCCAAACUUCUAAGUCUCUCGGACAACAAACCAAACGUGCAUAACUUGCGCAGAUAUGCGAAAACGGGUGAGGGGCUGUUCACACCGAACAUGUUUUUGCGUACGUCUGCUCUGUUUUUCCGUCGUUUUCCUAUGUAAACGUGCUGGAUGAACGUUCUUGACUUCUGCACCGUGUCUCGCUGUUUCUUCAGUGUCUCACUCACGACCGGCACAUUUUUAGACACUGUCUAAAGUUAAUAAGAACUUCAGGUUUGAUAAACGCAUAUCGAGACACCUGCGUUCUGUUUCAUUCGUUGAACUGCAUCUAGAUUGUUUUUUAGCGCAGGUGUCACAAAGAUUUAACGUUCUGAACAAGUUCAGCUUGCA